AUGCUGUUGUCAUUAAGAUAUACUUUUCGUGAAGCCAAGAACUGCAUUAUGCUUGGUGAGUUUGAUAUGCAUUUUGAUGCCUGGUGAUUGUAAAGAUGGCAAAUGUAUAUAUAUAUAUAUCUGGACAAACCUUCAAAGCGUCUAAUUGAGUAAUAUUUUGCACUUAAAAAAACAGUUCUUUAUUAAAUUUUAUAAAUGUUGUAAUACUAAUAUUGUUUGGGCACAAAUGCAACAGAUUAAAUGCAAGGAUCAUAAUUAAUGAAUCUGCAAUCAUUAUGUCCACAUGUCAAAAUCAUUUCAUGAUAAAUUAAGAAAAUUUUACUUACCCUUAACAUUUCAUUCCUCCCUCCUAGAAAGCAUAUCAUCCAUCAUGACAUUUUGCGAAGACAGUAAUGUCCUCAUUAUGUUUCAUUCCAGUUGCUGUAGGAAAGAAAAAGUUCUCCUUCCGUGGAUCUGGAUGGAAGGCAAUUAGCACUGCAAACUGGUCCCAGGAGCAUAAGGAUUGGAGUUUAACAAUAGACAAUUUGUUUACUCAGCUAUUGGGUGUAGACUUCUUGAGGUAUGUUUAUGAUAAAGACAAGGGAACAAGUGUUGAUGAACAUAUUCUUUCAACCCUUGUUGAUUACAAUCAUGAUCAGUGGGAGAGUGAAUAUUUAAACCAGCCAACAACAGCAAUGCAAGACAUGCCUUCAAAGGGUCAUGGUCCCAAACAUCCUACACAGGAUACUUCCCAAAAAGCUCCCAAAAAGAUCUGCCCUGGAAAUGAAACCUCCCAAAAGAAGGUUAUUAUCCUAGAUGAAGAUGACACUGAGGAGGCAGACUGCUCCAACAAUGGCAGUGAGCAUCAACUGUCUUCUGCCAUAUCUACAGCAUCCACUAAAGCUGAACUAGCUGCACUAGCCACUUUAAUUCCCCCAGUAUCCUCUUUUGCUGGUUUCCUAUCCCCUAUGCUUGGUCAAGGAGCUGGUAGUGAUUUGUUAUUUACAAAUCCCUUCUGUGUGGUUCAACGUCCAUGCCAAGCAGUCAUUGAAAGAGCUGAAGCUCUCCUGACAGAUGAAAGGAAAAAAGGAAACAAUCCAUUUGGUGUUGUUAUACCAGGGCUAGGCCAGUUCUCUAAACAAGGCUUGAGAAUUCUGAAAAAGUUUUGUGCUAUUUCUGAAACAAAACACAAGGUAUCUUCAGAAGCUAUGUGGCUCAGUGAUGUAAAUUGCACACAAAGAGAGCUGGAAUGUCUUCAAACCGUUUUAUGGAACAAACCAACAGGAAGUCGAAUUCUGGUAUGUGACCACAAGGCUAUUGAUGUCCUUUCUUUCUCAGAUCUUACUGAAGAAAGGUGCAUUGAUAGCUUUGUUAUUGAUGUUUCCAUAAGCAAAUACAUUGAAGAAAGCUACUUAAAAGGGCAAGAGGACACAUUGUAUUUACCAACUGAUAUUUUCCAGUGGAUGCAGGUCCAAGACAAAGGUUUCAAACUUAGGAAGUUAAAAGAGAGGGCUUCCCAGGUUGCUCUGUUUGAGAAUGUGUGA